AUGCGAUCUCCGCCAACGUCGCCUUCCCUUUCGCGAGUCAUCUUCAGAUCCGGUACCUCUCACCAGAACAUGUCUUCUCGAACUGCCGACCGCAGCAUGCCUGCCAUCAGCUCGCCUCUCUCGCCCAGAUCACAGCCUCUCGAUAUUCCUUCACAGGCUCGAUGUCGCCCAGCCAUGAACCCACGACAGUCCAGCAACACCGGCCCUGCUGCACACCUGAGGCUCCCUUCUCUGCCCCGCUUCCACCCAGCAAACUACGCUUCAUCCCAAGGCUCAAGUCAUGCAAACACGCCUACUGCUGGUCCUGACAGCCCUAACUCUCCCGCUUCGCCUCGAUCAUCCAACAGGCAGUACGAGGUUCAGAGACAGAUGUACCUCUACCAGCAACAACUCCUUGCCAACACCAGCCGUCAAACCAGGGGUUUUGGACCGAAGCCAACCAGCCCACGUCUGGAGCCACUCGCCAGUCCUGGGGUAGUCACUCCCUUGGAACUCGAAGAAGACGCCGGCGGUUACCUUACCGCUGGUGUGAGCCGUGCCGAAGCCGACCAGCACGUUGAGAAGUACAUCCGCGAGGAGGCUCGUCGAAGGGGAGAGUACUCUCCUGGCCGUGCAACCUCCGUUGGUGGCCAUUGA